AUGCAUGAUAUUUGCAAUUAUAAUGAAUACUUUGUUCAAAAGUGUGAUGCUGUUGGGGUUUUGGGACUUCUUCCCGAGCAAAAGCUUAUAGCUAUAAUACGAAUGCUGACGUAUAGUUCAUCUGCUAAUCAGGUGGAUGAGAUUACCUGGAUGGGGAAGUCCAGUACUUUGGAGAGCUUGGUAAGAUUUUGUGAUACAGUCGGAACUCUGUACACUAGGGAUUACCUGCACAGACCUAUGCCCAGGGACCUCCAACAGCUUCUUCAAAAAGCCGAAGCUCGAGGAUUUCCAGGAAUUAUUGGUAGCAUUGACUGCAUGCACUGGCAAUGGAAGAAUUGCCCAACUACCUGGCAAGGAGAUUGUGGAAAUAGGAAAGGGCAAAAAAAUAUCAUCCUUGAAGCCGUUGCUGGAUUCGAUACAUGGGUUUGGCAUGCCUUCUUCGGAGUUGCCGGAUCUCAAAACGACUUGAACGUGCUGGGUUAA